AAACAUAUUGAGGAAAUCAGAAAGUUAACAGCUGGGAUCCUGGCUGUCCAAAAUGAUCUGCAGCAAAACUAUAUCCUUGCAGAGAAGUACCAUGAAAUGGAGGGAAUGUUGGCAAGCAAGGUGGAUGACCUGAACAAGGAGUUAAGGGAGCUGCAGCAAAAGUUUGCUGAGGUCACAGGAGAGAAGGAGAGGCUUCAGGAGGAGAGUGCCAGGCAGCGCUCAGAGGUGCUCCUCAUGCAGAGCCGCUUGCAGGGCCAGUAUGUUCCUCUGGAGCAGGUGGAGGCCCAGGAGAGGAAGCUCAGCUGCACCAUUGAGGACCUGAAAGCAGAACUUGGCAGCCAGGCAGCCAGAAGCCAGCAAGAGCUGCAAAGAGCGCAAGAGCUGCAGCAGGAACUGGCCCAUCUACAAGCCACCUCAGUGCCUCUGGCAGAACACUCCCAAAUCAGAGAAAGGCUGGAGAAGGAACUGGCGGUCCUGCAGUCCAGAUGGAGAGAGAAGGAGGAAGAAGAAAGCCAAACCAGAAAAGAAGAGGUCUCCCAGCUGCACUCUGAACUUCAGAGCACAAAGCAAGCGCUAAGCAAGCUGGAGAAGAGAGAGGUGGUGGAGGCAUCUGAGCACAAGAGGGUGAGAAGCAGGCUGGAAGGCCAGGUGAGCAGCCUGGCUGAGAAACUGGCUGAGCUGACUAAAAAGAUGGAGAAGCUGCAGGACGAUUCGCUGGAGGCAAAUGCAGAGGAGCCAUCCUUGAAGGAUGAGAAGGAGCUGCUUCAGCCAAGAAACGUCAACAUUGAGCAGGAAAUCAAAGACCAGAAAGAGCGGUGUGACAAGUCUCUGAGCACCAUCGUGGAGUUGCAGAAAAGGAUCCAGGAGUCUGCCAAGCAGGUGGAGGCCAAAGAUAACAAGAUAACGGAACUUCUCAAUGAUGUGGAACGGCUCAAGCAGGCCCUUAAUGGCCUCUCACAGCUUACCCACAACAUUCCUACAAAGAAGCAAAACCCACAGACGGAAGUGCUCCAGAACCAGGUGGAGACUCUACAGCAGCAGCUGGCUGAUGCUGAGAGGCAGCACCAGGAAGUCAUCUCAAUAUACCGGACACACCUUCUUAGUGCUGUUCAGGGUCACAUGGAUGAAGACGUGCAGGCAGCCCUGCUCCAGAUCAUCCGCAUGCGGCAGGGACUGAUUUGCUACGGGAAUUGAGGCUCUAGCUGGCUCUUUAGGCUGCAGGCAACUUUGCCAACUUCUUAACGUCCCUUAGUGCUUAGGAGUUGGUAACUCCCCCCCCUCC